CUUAAGGAUAUGUUUACUCUAUAAGAUGGGCUCUUUACGAUUUAUAGCUUUGAUACUACUUCUGUACGCAUCAGUGAUGGAAGCCGCUGAUGACGCGCAGUUUGCGCUAGUUCGACGAGGACAAGGUGGCAGGCGUUCUGGCUCGCGUCUUCAUUGGGUUUGCAUCAAAUGCAAUUGGACGGUGGCAGACAAGGCGCUGCACGUGUGUCCAAACCCUGCGGCUGCCCAUUACGACCUCGGACUUGACGGCGUGCUCGAAGGUGCGCUCACUGCUUGGCACACCGUUGCAGGCAUACUUCUAACAGCAAUCCUUUGCACCUUCAGACAUCCCGCUUGUCGAGCAAGCACCCCCUUCUGGACGGACCGACACGCAUGUGGAUACACACACAGAACAUGGAGACCAUGGUGAAAGUCCCACCGUAUCUGGUGACUCUGCACAAGCACCAACUGCCAUGGAUGGUCUGCCAGCCCCGUGUGAUGGAGAAAUUGAUGAUGAUUUCCAAUCGGCCAUGUCCAGUCACUCAGAGGACCGUGAGGUGUAUACCCCUUCCAGCUGGUUUGUAUACUUUGGAAUAGAAGAGGUCAUCAGGUCUCAGUUCUUUACAAACCCUGCGUUCUGCAAAGAGCGUGGGAAAUUCCGGACAGACAACCCACCUGGCUCCGCCAUGUGGAAUGGUGAGCAUUGAGAGUUGUUCCUAGUUGUAGGCAUUCCCUGAUCACGACUCUAACACAGGCACAUGGUUUGAACGCAUGCAAAGUGCAACCGGUGGUAAAGUUAACAGCAUGGAUGCUUCGGUCUAUGACUUGGGGAUUGACUGGAUUACCCCGUAUAACUCGACACAGCACUCUAUUGGGCUGAUCUUCAUCCGGUGUGCGGAUGUUGACCCACGCAACAAGGGGAAGUGCUGGAAUCAACACGUCAUUGCUAUCAUAGCAGGCCCAAAGGCUCCAGAAACCAUUGAUCCGAUCAUGCGCCUCAUAGCGUCAGACUUUCUGCGCCUGCAGAAUGGCAUGCAGGUCACAGAGGCAUGGCCAGGUGAGAAUGGGGUCACGCACAGCAGGACAUUCGUACAUCUGGUAUUUCUUGGCGUUGUCAUGGCAGACACACCUGCCCGGGCCAAAGUUUGCAAUGGCAAUGGGCAGAACUCGUACGUUGGCGCGUGCACAUGGUGCGUGUUCCAAGGCAGCAGUGAAGGAGGCACCAUACGGUUUCUGGGCUACCGGGAGCCUGUCCGACAAACAUUUGUUGCCUGGGUGGAAAACAAGGACAUUCUCGUUGGUGACAAGCUAGUAAAGCUGACCCAUCAACAGCACCUGGAGCGGUCAGAGUUUAUGCAGCAUCUUAAGGAGCGGUUCUUGUUUGGCAGGGCAGAUGGCAAUUCCAUAUCCAUUGCGCAGUGGGACAACGCUAAGCGGCGGUUUGGGGCCAAGGGCUACAAUCCGUUCUCUGUGUUGCCAUACGUAGACCUGUCAUCCCUGUUCACAGUGUCUACUGGUCACGCACUACUGUUUGGUGUUGCGUCAGGAUUCGUGGAAUACCUACUUCGGCCCCUGAAGGACAUUGACCCACAGGCGACGGAUGCUGGUAUUGUGAUCACAGCUGAUGCACGGAAGCUGAUUGCUGAGAGGGGGUCCGCAGUGCAAGUCACGGCUGACUUUGGGAGGCGCUACAAGUGUGUAGUCCAGUACAGAAACAGCUACAGGAUGGAAGACUGGUUGCACUUCGUGGAGACGCAUUCCUUGUAUGUUUUCAAGGGUGAUGUUUUGCCAGCUGAGGUUCGUUCACUUUGGUGGGACUUACGCGAUGUUAUAUUGCACCACUUCCGGCCGUACGGGGACGACGUCACCCGGGAGCAGUUCUUACAGCACUCAAGCACGGCAUCUGCCAAGCUAAUGAACUACGCGCGUACUCUGGAGGACUUGUGCCUGCCAGGUAGUCUGCAUACACUCAACCUACACAUAUGCGUGUGCAGGCUUGGUGACCAAGACAUUCAGUUUGGGUCAGCUGCGGCACUCAGUGACCUUCCCGUGGAGCGUGUCAUGCAGGAUAUGAAGUCCCAAGGUGGCCGCAUGGUGACACAGGCUCCUGAGAAGCAUUAUGCCCAAUGGCUAUGCCUCUCACGACACGCCGAGGCAUUUGCCAAAGGUGACAAAUCGGAGGGGGCCCACACAGCACGGGAGCAGCUGGAACAGAUGGUUACACGCAAUACUGAUUAUACACGGCCGUGCUUUGAUAGCCAGGGCUUAGAUGGUUUGUUGGUCGGGCAGGGCACCGCUGUAGCAAAUGCCACACAGGAGCAGAAAGAAUCUGCGCUCUCUGCUGUCAAAUCCCUGGUGUACUACUACCAUGAACUGGAACAUGUUCACACGUGGACUGGGGAAGGCGGCGGACUCCCAGAGGCGCUGAUCCAUUCGGUGUUUACUAACACUGGCACUGGUACACCCCAGGCUCGCGUUUUCAUUCGUGCAGAGUCACCAGACGAGGAGAGGUACUUCAGCAGUGCAUAUGGCCGUGCCCGGUCACGCAACUCGUGUUGGGCAAUGUACAAGGCGGAGGUGACGGUUGGCAAGGGUAGGAAUGCAACUGUGAAGGAGAGCAAUGACGGACUGUGCAAUGCCACGUGCUAGCGGCUCCCAUUGCGUCGGCACCAACCCAAAGUCAGGGUCAUCAAACUCAUACACAAGGCUGUCAGAACCACCGGGCAUGCCUGUGUCAAAGCUCCAAAAUACACCCGAGAAUGGCCAAGGGUCAGGCAUUUCUUCGUGGGGCAUGUUGUCACGGACCUGGUUAAACAGCAGCCCUAUGACACUGUAGCCUUCAGGAGCGACGUAAUCAGCUGUUGCGAGGAAGGGAUGGACUUUGCCCGAGAGCCUUGCAACGGACUUGCGACGUGAUUCCAGCGGGAAGUGGUGCAGGUGAUACCCCGGAGGGGGUGGCAUUAUGCUAAAACACUGUAUGUAUGUGAAGUAACACAAUGCAAAAUUGGACUGUGGACUGUGCCUCUAAAUUCGCGAGAGUGUGAGUGCCCCAUCACGAACUUCCUACUUGUCCACAAACAGCUUGCUUGUCCCCACUAAUAACACAUUUGUUUACAAAAUCAAUUCCUGCUCGCUACUUAGAGGUCAGAGCAUGUGGAAGUAGCUACACUGUUAAAAACAUGGCCACAGCGGCCGCGGUACCUGGUGCCCUUCUGCCCAAAUGCAUUACGCUUUUCCUAGUAGAACAGAAAGGAACCGGUGACAACACAGUUGUUGACAAUGUGGAGUUUGCGGUCAACGUUGGCUGUGCGGACACUCAGGAGAUUCUUGAAGACAUCCGCUUAGUAGUCGGUGAUGAAAAGGAUGUAAUCUUCAUUGGUGACCGGAGCGGAGCGGAGUUGCGGGUCCGAAUUAAGGGUGUUGCCGCGUAUGCGGCUGCUCUGUUCUCAAUCUUCAACCCGCCGAGCCACCCCGACAAGGAUGCCGUGAACAUGGCCACCGCAGCCUUUGCCGCAGAGCGGCCUUUCACCGUGGGCGAGCUUGUAUUGACUGACAAGGGAAACCUGGAACUGUCUGUCAAAUACAUUAAGAGCGUGCAGGCGGCAGAUCCCUUGCUUCGUGGCGGGGCGACCACGGCAGCCUCCAACCUCGACGGGGGUCGAUGCGAAACUGGAGACCCUGGCGCAGCCGGUGGUCACAAAGCUGCACCUAUGCAGCAUGACCCUUCAACAGCCACGUUCACAACCCAGACCAACAGCACUGCUCAGCGGCGGAAGAAGGAGAUCGUGCAGCUACCCACCUUGGUGCAGGGACUGGUGACUGGCAGUUUGAUAGGCAAUCAGGUGGCGGCAGCUGUGAAGCUUGUGACAGAGCACUGCAGGAGUGGCUGGAACCACUUGGUUCGCCAAUACUCGCGCGUGUGGCCAGUGGACAAGAAUGGCGCGCAUGUACAGCUGGGCGAGCUGGGUGACGCCCGUGGACACGUGUACACCGACCUACUCACUGGUAU